AUGGAGAAAAUCACCGAGGACUCCAAAUUCAAAGUGAUCAUCGUUGGAGGGUCAAUUGCUGGGUUGACAUUAGCCCAUUCCUUGUCCCAAGCCAAUAUAGACCAUAUCGUCCUUGAGAAGAGAGCAGAAAUCGCUCCCCAAGAGGGUGCAUUCAUCGGAAUCUGGCCCAAUGGAGCACAAAUCCUGGAUCAACUUGGUCUCUACGCAAGUCUGGAGAAGCUCACGGCACCACUAAGUCGGAUGCACCUUUCCUUUCCUGAUGGCUUUUCCUUUAGCAGUCUGCUACCCAAGACGAUCCACAAACGAUUCAAGUAUCCGAUCGUCCUUGAGGUCCUUUUUGGAAGCUAUCCAGACAAAUCAAAGAUCAUCACCGGCAAGAAAGUAUCGGAAGUGCGGCUAUUGGGUGACAGUGCCAGUGUGGUGACGGACGAUGGAAGUGUAUUCAAAGGCGAUCUCAUCGUUGGCGCCGACGGCAUUCACAGUCGUAUACGCUCCGAGAUGUGGCGAUUAGCAGACGAAAUUUCACCCGGAUUAAUCACAUCACAGGAAAGAAAAACUCUUACGAUCGAGUACGCAUGUGUGUUCGGAAUAUCGCGACCGAUAGCAGGCCUUCGAAGCGGAGAACAUAUAAAUCGGUAUGGCGAUAAAUUCUGCGUCAUUACCUUCCAUGGAAAGGAUGGUCGUGUGUUUUGGUUCAUUAUUCAAAAGCUCGAUCGUACCUACGCAUAUCCCAAUGCCCCACGCUACUGUCCUGAUGACGCAGCGGCAUUAUGUCUUCAACUGCAAGAUGUGAGCAUAUCGAAAGAUAUUACCGUGGGGGAUCUUUGGAAAACCAAGGUAGUUGCGUCAAUGACUGCCCUGGAGGAAGGAUUUUUCGAAACCUGGAACUUAAAUCGCAUUGUCCUACUUGGUGAUAGUGUACACAAGAUGACACCAAAUAUUGGACAAGGCGCCAAUACGGCCAUCGAAGACGUCGCCGUGCUUGCAUCUUUGAUCAAUCGGACAGUCAACAUGGAUCCGUCCAACACACCUGCAGAGGAUUACAUCGAGAAAAUGCUCCGAGAGUACAAGAGGCUACGAUACGAGCGUGCCAAAAGUACGUAUGAAAGGUCCAGAUUUGGAGCUCGAUUCCACACCCGGGACAACUGGCUGAAGGCUUUCAUUGGUCGAUAUGUGUUCCAAUACGUCGGAGGUCUCGUAGAGAAUCAGGCAUCCAAGAAUCUUGCUGGGGGCGAUAUGAUUGAUUUCCUUCCACAACCACAGCGAACUAAGUCAGGAUGCGUGACGCAGCCUCCGAAAGCGCAUGGAAGCCUCAAGCGGCAGUGGGCUCUACUGUGGAUGUCCUCCCUCGUACUGUGCCUUUUCUUCCCUUGGAUUGGAUCCUACCUCCAUUCCACCUUUGCGUGA